GUUUUUUACAUCAAUAUACAUUAAUAAGGCCGCUUGUGGCAUCGAUUUUUGUUUUUCGGUCCUAUAGGUAUUUCGCAUAAUUGCUAAAUUUAGUGGAAUUUCAGAAAAUUAAACUACUUUUGAAAUGACAGCAUUUGAAGAGUUCGGCGUUAUGCCGGAGAUCGGAAAGGCAAUCGAUGAAAUGGAGUGGAUGCUACCGACGGAUGUACAAGCGGAAGCGAUUCCCUUGAUUCUCGGUGGCGGCGAUGUGCUGAUGGCAGCCGAGACGGGUAGCGGUAAGACCGGCGCUUUCUGCUUGCCCAUUUUGCAAAUUGUGUGGGAGAGAUUGCGUGACAUCCGGGAAGGCAAGGCAGGGAAAGCCAUCGGACACAGGGCGAAACCGUGGACACUUUCCUACACGGAUCGGGGUAAUGCGAUGGCUGUCACUCCGGACGGACUGCGGUGUCAGUCGCGGGAAUUUAAGGAGUGGCACGGAUGCCGUUGUACAACUGGAGUGCGCGGAAAGGGUAAGUAUUAUUACGAGGCAACGGUAACCGAUGAAGGCCUCUGCCGAGUUGGUUGGUCUACGGAGCAUGCUAAUUUGGAUCUGGGAACGGAUAAGUUUGGUUUUGGAUUUGGAGGGACUGGUAAGAAGUCCAACUGCAAGCAGUUUGAUAGCUACGGGGAUGCAUUUGGAAAAAUGGAUGUGAUUGGAUGUCUGUUGGAUUUGGACAAGGGAGAGAUUAGUUAUUCUAAGAACGGUGUUAUGCUGGGGUUGGCUUUUAAAAUCACCGACAGUAACCUACGAAAGGCUAACUUUUUCCCGGCUGUAGUUCUGAAGAACGCCGAAAUGGCGUUCAACUUCGGUGAAACCGACUUUAAGUAUCCAAUUCCUGAAGGAUUUACAGCGGUUUGCAAAGUGCCCCAUGAUCACCUAACGUUGAAUCCUAAUACUGGUAGUUCAUCUAAUGCAGAAGAUAAACCAAAACCGAAUGCUCCUCAGGCGCUCGUAAUUGAACCUUCACGCGAAUUGGCUGAACAAACCUUUAAUCAGAUCCAAAAGUUUAAGAAACAUUUGAAGGAUCCUGAGGUUAGAGAACUGCUUCUUAUCGGAGGAGUUAAAAUCAAAGAUCAAAUAGAUGUCCUGCAGAGUGGCGUCGACAUUAUAGUAGCCACACCCGGUCGCCUGGAAGAUUUAAUCAGCAACGGUUAUGUUCUGCUAAGCAGCUGUCGUUUUUUCGUCCUGGAUGAAGCAGAUGGUCUUCUCAAGCAAGGUUACACCGAGCUGAUCGAACGUCUGCAUAAACAAAUCCCUAAAAUUAACGCUGAUGGAUGUCGAUUGCAAAUGGUCGUGUGUAGUGCCACACUUCACUCUUUCGAAGUUAAAAAAUUAGCGGAAAAAAUGAUGCAUUUUCCUACGUGGGUCGAUCUAAAAGGAGAGGACGCCGUUCCGGAAACAGUUCAUCACGUCGUUUGUUACGUUGAUCCCCAAAAGGACACCAGCUGGCAGUCGCUACGCUCGCACGUUAAAACUGAUGGUGUCCAUACUAAUGAUAAUGUUCGACCUGGAUCCAAUACUGCCGAAACCCUAUCGGAAGCUGUCAAGAUGCUUAAAGGCGAGUACACUAUUAAUGCUAUCAACGAACAUAACAUGGAUCGAGCUAUCAUUUUCUGUCGCACCAAGUUGGAUUGCGAUAAUAUGGAACGCUACCUGCGUCAGGUCGGAGGAAUGAAGUAUUCCUGCGUUUGUUUGCAUGGAGACCGUAGGCCGCAGGAGCGCAAAGAAAAUCUGGAUAAAUUCAAGAACAAACAAGUCAAGUUUCUGAUUUGUACUGAUGUGGCCGCACGCGGUCUCGACGUCUCUGGUCUACCCUUCAUCAUUAAUGUAACGCUACCGGACGAGAAGAGUAACUACGUACACAGAAUCGGUCGAGUAGGUCGCGCCGAACGUAUGGGUCUCGCUAUUUCACUCAUAUCCACCGUUCCGGAGAAAGUCUGGUACCACGGACAGUGGUGUUCGUCGCGUGGCAAAAACUGCUGGAAUACAAACCUAACCGAUGUGAAAGGUUGUUGCAUGUGGUACGACGAAAAAAUGUACCUGGCAGAAAUCGAAGACCACCUGAAUGUGACCAUUCAAAUAAUUGAUAAGAACCUGAAGGUACCGAUGAAUGAGUUCGACGGAAAGGUCACGUACGGUGAGAAGCGACUGAACACUGGCAGCGGUUAUAAGGACCACGUGGAACAGCUAACUCCGGUUGUGAAAGAACUAACUAAGCUAGAACGGGAGGCGCAGAACCUGUUUCUGAAGCGGGGUUUGAAUGCUCAGCAACGUUUGCAAAAUAAAGUUUGCUAAUAAAUAAUCUA